AAAAGGGGAAGGGGCGGGAGCUGAACGGGGACAGCGGGAAGGUAAAGUGGGAUGAGGAUAAGAGGAGAGGAAGAGCGACGGGAGGAGAGUAGAAUAGAGGGAGGGGAGGGUCGAGUGCCAAGUACGAUGCCCACCCCUCUCUCUUCUCCCCCACAUCUCGUCAUGUACACCUGUAAGCCCCCUUCAUUCGCUCGGGGAUGCAGCGCGCACGUCUGAGCGGCCGUGACGCCGGCGGGACGCUGACGGCGGCAGAGAGUGUUUCCGAAUCUGCCUUGAUGAGAUCGCUGUGAGCGCGGAGACAGAGGAGAGGGCGACACGCUGGGAAGUGGAUGCUGAGCUGCUCCCAUCUACGGUUAACGGGGCUGGCACUGAGGACGCGACCCUGCCCGAGGAUUGGAUAGCACCCGCCGGAUGCCGUGAACGAAAUCCGCUAGUUGUCACCCCCAACUCUGCUGCUCGUAUGUGCGCCAAACACCCUUUCCUACGCCAGGAAGAGAACUUGAUGGAUCCCUCUGUUCAUCGCUGCUGACACAUCAAGGCCCGGCAACAGGACCUCCACCAUUAACACAGCACAACAGGAUUAGGCUGUGUGUCGGAAAGUGGAUCAUAACUAAUUUAUGACUAAUCAACUCGACUGAACCACCGAUACACACAGUCCCAGUCUUUUCUCCAGGCCUCUUCAUACAGAUCCUACAGCAUCGGCCUAUUGAGGCGACCAUGUGCGUUGGCUAUAAACAUAGGUAGUGACAUGACUCAGGCCUGACCCUGGAGAUGCCGAAGAGACGAGACAUCGUCGCCAUUGUGUUGAUCGUGUUGCCUUGGACACUGCUCAUCACUGUUUGGCACCAGAGCACCAUCACUCCUCUGCUCGCUACUCGAAAGGGUACAGAUGACAGACGCGAUGGUCGCUCCAACUCCAGGAAUACUUUCGCGUUCAAGGAGUCCUGCUCCCUUCAGAACCGGGACAUCGUGGAGGUGGUGCGCACCGAGUACGUCUACAGCCGCCCUCCGCCCUGGUCUGACGUCCUGCCCACCAUCCACGUCAUCACUCCCACCUACAGCCGGCCGGUGCAGAAGGCAGAGCUAACACGUCUGGCCAACACCUUGCUGCACGUCCCCAACCUGCACUGGAUCCUGGUGGAGGACUCCCAGAGGAGGACCACUCUGGUCAGCCAUCUCCUUCAAGAGACUGGACUUAACUACACCCACCUCAACGUGGAGACGCCAAGGAACUACAAGGUACGCGGGGACACUAGGGACCCCCGGAUACCGCGGGGUACCAUACAGAGGAACUUGGCUCUGCGGUGGCUCCGGGAGACCUUCAGCCCCAACAGCAGCCAGUCUGGGGUCGUCUACUUCGCGGAUGAUGACAACACGUACAGUCUGGAGCUGUUUGAGGAGAUGCGUUCCACCAAAAAGGUGUCAGUGUGGCCCGUGGCCUUUGUGGGCGGCCUACGGUACGAGUCCCCUAAAGUGAACACCUUGGGGAAGGUGUACGGCUGGAAGACUGUAUUCGACCCACACCGCCCGUUUGCCAUAGACAUGGCUGGUUUUGCAGUGAAUAUGCGCCUCAUUCUGUCGAAACCUCAGGCUUAUUUCAAGUUACGGGGCGUGAAGGGAGGUUAUCAGGAGAGCAGCUUAUUAAAGGAGCUGGUCACUCUCAGUGACUUGGAGCCUAAAGCUGCUAACUGCACUAAGGUAUUAGUAUGGCACACACGGACGGAGAAGCCUGUGCUGGUAAAUGAGGGCAAGAAAGGAUUUACAGACUCUAACGUGGAGAUAUGACAUACUUCAUCUGACACAGAGGAAGGCAUUUCUCUACUGGAUUCUCUCUGGAUUCAAACCCAACCUCACAGCGCCUUAAAGCAGUAGUCAGGGUCAAAAACACUUAUCACUGCACAGUAGCUGUACUUCACCGCGGCUUAGAAAUGGAGGCACACCUGUCCACCCCAGGAGACAGCACAAGGCCAUGUGCGUGAAGCGACCACAGAGUAUCAAAGCACAACUGCGCAAAAAAAACAAAAAAAAAAAAACAAGCUGGCCCGUCCUGCCCGGAGCACUGGCUGAUGCGAGACGCUGGCGGGAGUUGCCAGAGGGAGCUUGCCCGCCGAGGUCUCCUCGGAGAGCUGGGACAAAGGAUGUUGCGCGAUUCAAACCGCAGGAAGAGAUGGCACGGCGAGCAAUAAAGGGCCCUCUGAGCGCAGACAACACCAGCCAACCAUCCAAUUAGCAUUAAAUUGGACCCUUUUGUUCUGAAGCGAGCUGGCUGACGGGCACAGGGCUGCACAGAGGAAUAAAGGGGGUCCUUGUUCUGAGUGAGUCAGCACUGACUGACUGACAGACUGCAUUGAGGGGAUCUGAGCCCUCCCCACUUGUACUGUACAACAGCGAGCUAUUUAGAUAGCACCCUGAACCCAGCACUAAUUAGGAGUCCCGUGACUCCUCAGCACACAUCCACACAUGCUCAGCUGUCGCGCUGCACACGGCGAACACACACAGGCACCUCACGCACUGAGAGGCACGGAGCGAUGAUUUAUUACAGUGGAACAGCACCGUCCUCUCUUGCACUCACUCACCCCACGCUCCUGAUAUGCUGUAACUAAACUGAAGCGUACUCAUAUUUAAGAGAAUAUUCAGUAUUCCCAGGCGCCUGACUUUAACAGGCUUCUUCAUAAGCUAAUUAAGAGUAAACGGAACGGUUUUCUCAGCAGAGUUAUUUAUUGUUUCGCAGUAAUUGGUGCCAUUCACCUGUUGAUUGUGAGCUACGCUCGGGAGACUCAAUGGGAUAUGAGGCCAUUACUGUGUAAUGUGCAUCCGUUCAAAAGGCUGUAUUACACAAUCUAAUUAUUCCCACCAUGGAUGGCUGGAUUGCAAGUGAUGAUUUCAUACCCCAUCGACUUCCAGUGGAACUGCUUAAAAUGCUAAUGCUCUCAGGCUCGGUGGCUGGUAAAAGUUUGGUCAGUUAUUAAUGUUACAGGCAUCUGAGACCUUUCAGAGAAGGCUCUGAUACUGCUACAAUGCUGCUUAUGUUUCAGUCGAAUCACUCCUGCCUCAGCUCAGAUCGUCUCAUAAGCUCGUUUGAUUUUUUUAAAAAUUUAUUUUACAGGCUAAGAUGUGCCCUUUUUAAAAAAAACCACAUCAACUAUAACUGCCUAACAUCCCUACGCAGAAAUUAUUACUAUUUAACUGGAAAAUCCAUGGGUAAGAGGAUAUACUUGGUAUUUCUUCUCAAUGUGUAAAAAGUCACUGUAACUAAAGGUACUGUAUGUACAUAGCUAUAAAAUGUUCCCAUAUGAA